CAAGUUUCACCUCCUCUGAGUCUCCCCCAGGCUGCUCCGAAGGUGCUCUUUCUCGGUUAGACACCAGUUGACUCAAAGGCAGAGCAAUGGGAGGCCCAGCUCUUUCCUUUGAUCUUCUAAGACACAGGCCUGCCCCUCUGUCCUCGGAGAGACCGCCUGCAGACAGGGACCGCGGAGGGUGUCUCCCACACCUCCUCCGCCGAGAGGCGCGAGCGCGCUGCACAGGGGCGGCUGGCCACCUGCUCACGUCGCCUCGGUUUGGGGCCAGGCCAUCUGUGUCUGAAGCUGAGCCUCCCUGGCUAGAGAUGCACCCCUCUCCAUGAAGGUUACCUCGCAUCCUGGGCCACACAGACCAUGUGGGAUGGAGGUGCCAGGACUCAACCGCCCGGCCUCACCUGCUAGGGAUCAGCCAGCUCUUGCCCCUGGCACUCCUGGGACCCCAGGGCGGCAUGCCUCACCACACCUGACUCUGGGACCCAUCAUUUUGCCGCCAGAGCAGAGCCUGGCGCCCACCGUGUUCCUGAAGGCGCUGCCCAUCCCACUGUACCGCACAGUGCCGCCCGGGGGUCUGCAGCCGCGUGCUCCCCUGGUGACGGGCAUAGAUGGGGGCAGCGUGCCCUUCCUCCUCAGCCCCCUACUGCAGCCUGAAGGCCCUGGCCCCGCCCAGGCCGGGAAGCCAGUGACCCCGACGGUCACAGUGAACAUCGUGGGCACGCUGCCCGUCCUGUCGCCGGGGCCCGCGCUGGGCAGUCCGGGGAAGGCGCGCACAGCUGGCAAGUACGUGUGCCCACAUUGCGGCCGGGACUGCCUGAAGCCCAGCGUGCUGGAGAAGCACAUCCGCUCCCACACUGGCGAGAGGCCCUUCCCCUGCGCCACCUGCGGCAUCGCCUUCAAGACCCAGAGCAAUCUGUACAAGCACCGGCGCACCCAGACACACCUCAACAACGCCCGGCUGUCCGUGGGCUCCGACGGCGCGGGCGGCAGCCUCCUGGAGGAGGGGGACAAGGCUGUGGAGACCCCCGGGGCAGCCGGCAGCGGGGACAGCGGGAGCCUCGGUGGGGGUGACGGGGCUGGAUCAGAGAGACCCCUUUCGCCGGGUGUCCAGGGUUCUGGGCACUGCCUGGGGCCCGCCACGCACCUGUCCCCGACUGCCACGAGCCUGGAUCUGAAGUCGGAAGCCCUUUUCUGUCCGGGGUCUGCACCGGACGGCAGAGAAGCCCCUCUGGACUCUCCCCCCGCGGCUCCCGCUGGGCCCCCCCUGGCCAGCCCUCAGCGCGGGCCUAGGCCGCCGGAGCAGAGGUCUCCCGCCGCGGGCAGGGCGUCCCUGCAGCCAGCGGCCCGGGCCGCCGAGAAGCCCCCGGACGCGCGGGCCGCGGAGAGCCGGCUGAGGAAGUGUGAGAGCACCGACUCCGGCUACCUGUCCCGCUCCGACAGCUCGGAGCAGCCGCCGGCCCCCGGCAGCCCCCCGCACGGCCUGUCGGAUCCCGGUGUGGAGGCCCCGAGGGAGGGCGCCCCACGGCCCGGGGGGCCCGGGGCUGAGCCCAGAGGGCAGGAGCCCCGCCUGGAGCUGGAGAAGCGGCGGCUGGAGGAGCGCAUCGCCCGGCUCAUCUCCCACAACCAGGCCGUGGUGGACGACCCGCAGCUGGACCACGUGCGGCCCCGCAAGACCGUGCUGUCCAAGCAGGGCAGCAUCGACCUGCCCGUGCCCUACACCUACAAGGACUCCUUCCAUUUCGAGAUCCGGGCCCUGGAGCCGGGACGCAGGAGGCCCGGGGCGCCCGGCCCCGCCCGCUCCCCCUGCGCGGCCGCGGACACGGCGCGGCCCCUGCUCUUCCACUCCGUCCCCACGCAGCUCUCCGCCGCCGUGGAGUGCGUGCCCGUCACCAGGAGCAACUCGCUGCCCUUCGUGGAGGGCACCGGGCCGUGGCGGGAGCCGCUGGACGCCCGUCGCGGGAGGCUGAGGCCUCUGAGCCCCAGGCCUGUCCCUGCACGACCCGGGGAGGCCCCCAGUAGUCACCCCCGGGCCCUGGUCAGACAGGCGGCCGUGGAGGACCUGCCGGGUCCCGCCCCCGGGGAGACCGAGGCCCCCGCAGAGGACCGGGACGGAAUGCGAGCUGCCGCCGGGGAGGGGCCGGCGGGCAGGGGCAGGGCGGCCGCGAGGAGGCCCGGCCCGAGGAAGGCCCGGCCGUUCUCCCAGGAGAAGUGGCAGGUGUACGGCUGCGAAACCUUCCAGCGGCUCUACCAGCGGGGGAGCCGCCAGCGGGGCAGGGGGGCCCGGGGGGCAGGCGCGGGCUGGGGCGCAGAGCCGGACCUGCCGGUGCUGGAGGAGGCGGUGGGGGGCGAGGGCGCAGCCCAGUCCCAGGACAGGAGGACCCCCGCUUGUGCGGACACCUCUGAGGGGGCCAGGCCAGAGCCUUGGGAAGGCCCACCAGCCGCAGAAGGCUUCUUGGGGACCAAGCCCGCCGAGCAGGGGGAGCCAGUGGCCAGAGGCAGAGGCCCUGAAGAGCCUGGGGCGGGCGAGGUCCCAGCACCUCCCGCCCUCAGCAGCAGAGAACCCCGGGGUCCGGAGCUGGGGUGUCAGCUGUCCCCAGUCCCUGGUCCCCUCAGAGGUGGGGACCUGGAGGCUCCCAGGCUGGUUUUGCCAGACCCCAAGCUGGAAGGCGGCCCCGGGAGUGGCGGGGACGCCGAGGGGCCCUGGCAGCAGGCCCUUGUGGUCCAGAGACGGCCCAGCGGGAGCUCCGGGGAGCCCCCGCCUGCUGGGGACAAGCUGCCCUCAGAGAGGAAGAAGCUGCGGGUGGAGCAGCUGAGCUGCCUGGAGCAGCUGGGGUCUCUGGGAGGGAGAGACCAGGCCCUCAGGGGCCCAGCGCAGGACAGCUACCCACCCUCCUUGAACUGGGACAGUGACUCUGGGGAUGGCAGAAGGACCUCUGGAGCAUCGUUCUCUGUGCCCUCCGUGGCCCCACGACCGGCAGGGCCCAGGCAUGAGGCGCCUGUGCAUGGUCCUGCAGCUGGAGCCCCCGGGGGGGCCGCCCCCCUGGCAGCUCAGCCUCCGGACACCACCUUCCCUCCCAAGUACCUGCUCCGGUUACCGCAGAGAGAGACACCGCAGCAGCCGCCGGGCGCCCCGGGGCUGGAGGGCAGCGGGGACCCCCCCUGCGGGAAUGGGCCGCCCCAGGACCCAGCCUCCACUGCUGGGCGAGGGCUGGGGACCCACCCUGCCCCAGGAGACGGCCUCUGCUCUGCCCACCCCGCCUUGUGGCUCGGGGAGGAGUGA